AUGAAAAGCGUGUCAAUAAAGCAGUUAGAAGGUAUAAUAAUAUUAGAUAGUGAUGGAAAUAGAAUUGCAGUAAAAUAUUAUAAUGAUAAAUUAAUAUUUAAAGAAGAGAAAUCACAAAAUUUUAAUUGUAGUUAUGAAUCAUUAAAUUAUGGUAUGGACACUUAUAAUGAUUUUAAAACAGUAGAAGAUCAGAAAUUAUUUGAAAAGGAUAUAACAGAAAAGAUAAAAAAAUUAGGUUUAAAUUAUUCAAAUGAAACAGAAAUAUUAUUAUUAAAUAAAUAUGUUAUAUUGUGUUUACCUGUUAAUGAUAUUGUAAUAUAUAUUAUUGGUGAUGAUAAUGAUAAUGAAAUUAUUUUAUAUGAAAUUAUAGAAACAGUACAUCAAGCAUUAAAUAAUAUAACAAAUAAUCAUAUAGGAAAAAAACAACUAAUAGAUAAAUUAGAUUCUGUUUAUUUAAUAUUAGAUGAAAUUGCAGAUAGUGGUAUUAUUAUGGAAACAAAUGCUAAUGUUAUUAUUAAUAGAUUGUAUAUGAAUGAAAGUGAUAUACAAGAACAACAUACACCCUUAAAUCAAGCCAUAUCAUCAGCAAAAGAAAAUAUUAUAAGGAGUUUAUUAAGUGGGGCUUGA